AUGUGGCUAAAGCACUCUCUCUCAACCACCACUGGGUUUAGAUCCAGUGACGCGGUCGAGAGAGAAGUGCAGGGAUCUCCUGGAGUCAUGCUUUUCCCUCCACAGUUGGAGGAACAAGUCUGGCUCGGAGUUCUCUCACCUGAUUGUCAGGAAUCACCCGAGAUCCACCAAGAUGAAGAGUUGGAGAAGUUAGUGGAUGUUGUGCUGAAAGACGUAGACAGGGACAUGGAUGGAUACAUCACCUAUUCAGAAUUCCUCUCCCUCAAGUAAAGACCAUUAAAUGGAUCUUUGCUCCUGAUGAACAUCACAGACGUUCAAAUCAAAAUAUAUGGAAUCUAGUUUCAAUUAUAGAUUCUAAUGAUAGGUUGUAGAUAGCAAACUCGAGCGUUGUCCGUUUUAUGUAUGAUAUGUAAUAAAUUCGACUUAAUUAAGAUAAUAUUGUCUAAAUUACUAUUCCCUUUCAUUUUUUACUAUUUCAAAGUAUUGUUUGACAUAGGCGCAGAUUUUCUAUUUAAAAAAAAAUGGUGGGAGUUCAUACAAUACGUUAA